UUGGUAGGAAUUUAGAGUGGGGCUACAUGAGACGUUUCUUCGGUUCGGUCUUGUCUCGAUCACUUUUCUUUCUGAAACCAAUAGUCCGGUAAACGGGCUUGCAAUUUACCAAAAUGGCUCUUCAAUCCUUACGUUUGGCUCCUUCGAUCGCAAGACAAUUGUCGAAUACUACGGUUCAGGUCAAAUGGCGUCUUGCUAUACCCUCUUCCAAAUUCCAUGUAUCUAGUAGUCGGCGCUCUGCUGAAAUUUCUUCUAUUUUGGAAGAACGUAUUCUUGGCUCAGCCGCUAAGGCUAAUCUUGAGGAAACUGGAAGAGUGCUUAGCAUUGGUGAUGGUAUUGCCCGUGUUUAUGGUUUAAAAAAUAUUCAAGCAGAUGAGAUGGUGGAAUUUAGUUCAGGAUUAAAAGGCAUGGCUUUGAACUUAGAGCCUGAUAAUGUUGGUGUUGUCGUCUUUGGCAAUGAUAGACACAUUAAGGAAGGUGACAUUGUCAAACGUACUGGAGCUAUUGUUGAUGUUCCAGUUGGAGAAGAAUUGCUGGGACGUGUUGUAGAUGCAUUAGGUAAUCCUAUAGAUGGUAAAGGACCACUUAAUAGUAAAUUGAGAUUCCGUAUUGGUACCAAAGCACCUGGCAUCAUUCCUAGGGUGUCUGUGAGAGAACCUAUGCAGACUGGAAUCAAAGCUGUAGAUUCUUUAGUACCUAUUGGUCGUGGUCAACGUGAAUUAAUCAUUGGAGACAGACAAACUGGAAAAACUGCUCUUGCUAUUGAUACAAUUAUUAAUCAAAAACGAUUUAAUGAUGCUGGAGAUGAGAAGAAAAAGUUGUACUGUAUUUAUGUUGCUAUUGGCCAAAAAAGAUCCACUGUUGCACAAAUAGUAAAACGUUUGACAGACAGUGGUGCUAUUAAUUAUACUAUCAUUGUUUCUGCAACUGCUUCUGAUGCAGCACCUCUUCAGUAUUUGGCUCCAUACUCUGGAUGUGCAAUGGGAGAAUUUUUCAGAGAUAAUGGAAAGCAUGCUUUAAUUAUUUAUGACGAUUUAUCAAAACAAGCUGUUGCUUAUCGACAAAUGUCUUUACUGUUGAGGCGACCACCAGGUCGGGAAGCCUAUCCUGGUGAUGUAUUUUAUCUCCACUCUCGUCUUCUUGAGCGAGCGGCUAAAAUGAAUGAAAGUUUGGGAGGUGGUUCAUUAACAGCUUUGCCUGUUAUCGAGACACAAGCUGGUGAUGUGUCUGCUUAUAUUCCCACAAAUGUUAUUUCUAUUACCGAUGGACAAAUUUUCUUAGAAACGGAAUUGUUCUAUAAGGGUAUUCGUCCUGCGAUUAAUGUAGGUUUAUCAGUAUCUCGUGUCGGUUCUGCUGCUCAGACUAAGGCUAUGAAACAAGUCGCUGGAUCCAUGAAAUUGGAGUUAGCUCAAUAUCGUGAAGUAGCAGCUUUUGCACAAUUUGGUUCCGAUUUGGAUGCUGCAACUCAGCAAUUGCUGAAUCGUGGUGUUAGAUUGACAGAACUUCUGAAACAGGGACAAUAUGUACCCAUGGCUAUUGAAGAACAAGUAGCUGUUAUCUAUUGUGGUGUCCGCGGGUAUCUUGAUAAGAUGGAACCUACUAAAAUCACAGCUUUUGAAAAAGAAUUCCUCGCCCACAUUAGAACCAGUCAACGAGAUCUUUUAAAUACUAUUGCUAAAGACAACACAAUUAGUGAAGCUUCUGAUGCUAAAUUAAAGCAAGUUGUUACUGACUUUCUUGCUUCCUUCUCAGGCUAAAGUGUCAAUAUAAAAUAACUAAUAAUUCUCUGCUAUGCAAGAGCUAUGUGCAAAUAAUAUUCAUUAUCAUAAACAUUUUUAGUGUAUGCUAUUUGCACAUUAUAAAUAUCAUUACGAAGAAUUCCAUAUUUAAACAUUAAAUCACAAUAGUUACAUACACAUUACAUGUUAACUGUUGACAAAAUCGAGAAUAUGAUUUUGGUAAUUAAACAGAUACUUCUCCUGAAAAAUGUUUUAAACAUAGCAGAUGUGGGGAAGUUAAUAAAUGAGUAAUAAAGUUCUAGAAUUUUUUCAAAUCUGUGUCGUUUAUUUCUCUUAUAUAAUUAUAAUGUAUGAUUACAUUUUAUUUUUACAAUAAAUUAUAUUUUUAGCCAACA